AUGACAAGGCCAGAUAUUGCCUUUGUGGUUCAAGUGCUAAGUCAGUAUAUGCAUGCACCCAAGGUGUCCCACAUGGAAGGUGCUCAAAGAGUAGUGAGGUACAUAAAAACUGGCCCUGGACUUGGGUUGUUUAUGUCUGCGAAAGCAAGAAAAUCCAUCUAUGCAUACUGUGACUCUAAUUGGGGGGCCUUUGUAGAAUCUAGGAGAUUAGCAACAGGUUAUGGAACUAUAUCCAGGAGCUCUGCUGAAGCUGAAUUUAGAAGUAUGGCAUCUACUGUAGCAGAGGUGGUGUGGAUGAUGACUUUUUAG